GAAUGAUAAUAUAGUUGCCAUGAACAAUAAAAAAAAAAAUAAGUUUAGUGAAGACAUGCAAGAGUUGUUCUAUUUGUUGAAAAACCAAAAGUGGGAUUCAAAUAAACCUCCAAAAGAACUAUGCUCUGCAAAAGCUUAUCUGCAAUAUUAUAUAUUUCCUAUACUUCUACCAGCUAUAAAUGAGUUACUCACACAUAUCCAAAAAAACAAUAUUUUGUCUAAAAGGAGAUCUAGAUUUAAUGCAUGCGAUUAUAUUUCUGAGUAUUUAUACAGAAAUAAUCCAAGAUAUACGAACCGAGCUGAUGCAUUCUUAGAAAAUAUCCCCUUUGUUCAAAGAAUUAUGCUUGAAAAUCCUAGACCUCCUCUGCCGUUGUCAUUAGUUUGGAGUGACGAGGAAGCAGCAAUCAAGAUACAAUCAUUUUGGAGAGGAUACGCUGUUCGGAAACUUGAAAACGUGCAAGAACUUCGAAAUUAUCAAAAAGAAAUGAGAACGGUAUCGUGUGAAAUUUUGUUUCCUGUUCAAGUCUACAUGAAAAAAUAGUUAAAUUGCAAUAAAUCAUGACGUGUUCUGCAAGCCAACAUUAAUAAACCACAGUGUACGGUUAUUGGCGAUAAGCAUGAUCGUCAUUGGUAUCAUUCUUUAUAAGGAUUAUUUAAGUAUAACAUAAAGAGUAAUUAAGAUUGUAGUAUAAUCUAUAUUUAUUGCAACGUAUCUUCUUGUAA